AUGGCACACCAAAACGAAUUAAAAGAAAUUGAGCUCCAAGUCCCUGACCACUUCAAGGCCUGCGAAGCCCUCCUUAUGCAGAUCGACACCUUCCCCGAGGAAUUCCUCAACGUUUGUCAGCGUAGCGCCAAGCUACUCGAAGAUAUGAAGGCUGCUCUGAGUGAAGCCAGGACCAAGGUCUCGGUGGAGAACAAGCAUAUGUGGGUAGAGCAUUGGACUUGGAUGCAGCUGUAUGAGGAGGGCGUGGCGACUAUGGAGCAAAUCAACAACAAGCUACAUGGUCCCGACAGGCGGGAGAUGAUAUUGACGCAAUUGAUAGUUGUACGUGAGUCUGCAGACAGAACGACAGAGCUUCUAAAGCGCAUGAUGGCGGCGAUGGAUCAGAGGGAGAAGGAAGCUGCUUUGGCGCCGGUUCUGCGAGACGACAAUUGA